AUGUCCCGAUAUUCGUUAAUCAAAUCAAUGUUUCGACCGGCUCGCAUUACCCCUCAUCGAUGUCGUCGUGACGUCGUCAUGCCGUUCCCAGUCGGAAGAAUGGAGUUGAUUGUCUACGCGGCCGUGGUCACUGGUCUUAUCUUUGCGGCCUACCAUACUACACUUAUGGAUUAUCUUGCCUACCAAAGAGACUACAUUGCCUUUACCACCGCCUGGCCAUCUAAGCCAGCCAACUUCAAAUUUGACAUGAAUGUUUUCCUGGAGCAUAAAAGGAAUCUCAUGGAAUACGCCACCAUGGAAAAGAGUCUAAUGCAAAAUGGAUCCGCACUUCAUGAGCUCAAAAUCGCCAAACUCCUCAAAACUCUGUUCACCGAUAUUCCAAAGAUCCUCCUUGACAAAUGGGUUCUAGACAUUGAACGAUUCCAAGGUGUCGAAGAAUUUCUGAACGCUACCAACUUCAAUGGGACCAUCGCUGAGGAGUUCUUCUACUUGGAAGCUCCAUUCUUUCAGUUCGAACAUCACAGAAUGGUUAUAAUGUUUCCGACUGAGAUCAAGGGACUUUUGAUGACUAUUAAGAUUGGAGAUUGCUAUUUUUGGUCGACAUGCGAUCAUACAGAAUUGGAGUUGAGAGAUGGGGAUAUGCAUGUGUUGGAUGUGUUAUAG